GUUGAUGCCGACGACGACGACGAUGACGAUGACGAUGAUGUAGACCAAGAGUUGGAGGCAAAUUUAGAAAGGGAGGAUGAGGCUGAGGAUGACGAUUCAUCUCCCUGUCCGAGUCCGUUCCCCCAGUUCCACAAUCUGUUCGAUCUUGGGUACGAACAGGGCCACACUGUAAAUCUUGAUCCUACUCCAGCGGUGGCAUUUAAUUCCUAUCACUGCUGUACAGAAAGAGAAGCUCAACCGGCUCCUGACUCUUGUCAUAUCUGCAUAAGGGAGCGUGGUAUUUUUCCUCCUUUUACGUCUUAUUAUCAUCCCCAAACAACUGCCUAUGGUCCUAUGGUAAGUUGCUACUGCAAAGAUCCAUACUUGGAUUGUUGCAAUUCCAACAUUUUGGCCAAGGAAUGCCCCACUUCCCAAUGCAUAAAUGCACCCCUCAUGCAGCAACAGAAUUACUCUCCUGGCCUUCCUUUCCUGGCCUCCGCUCUUAACUCCAGAACUUGCUGUAAGUCUGCGUGUAUCGGCGAUCCUCUCUCUUCCUUCACUGCCUUUCAAAGGGUCGUCGAGUGUGGGAACCUUGUUGACGGAAAAAUCUCGCAAUGUGAUGGAGUGCUAAACCCUGAGCUCGUAGAAGCCUAUCAUGACAAGUUGAGUCUGCACUCUCUCUCCGCCGGCUCCAGUGAGCAUUCGGAUUUCCCUGUUUGA